CGAUCGAGCACACGACUUUCAUUAAAAUGCCUCCCCUUACCUGAAGAAAAUGUGAGUAUAUAACACGCCAUUCCAAAAAAUAAAAUAAAAUCGUUAUGUGAGUUGGUAAAGAAAAUACCGUUGCUCACAAAAUCUUACACAUCACACCAUCCCGGCAUUUACAAAGUUGCCCCCGAACCCUCCGUCGUCGGAGCCGCUGCUCUAACGGCCACCCUCCCGCAUAAGCCACAAUGACCACCAACUCCUCUUCCUCUCCCACCACCACCUCCACCGAUUCAGGUGAAAAAACCGCCGAAAUCCCCAUCGAGAUCGUCAGCGAAGAGGAAAUGGCUCUCAUCGAAGCUGCCCUCGCCGCCGCCGCUAUGCCUGCUUCUCACCUCCACAGGAAUUCUAAAUCAAUCCGCUCCUUCUCUCUCCUGUCUAAGCGCGGGCUAUCCGCUUGCACGUCCACUGGCCCGCCCGAUAUAGAGGAUUCGGGUCGGGCCUGCGGGUCGAAUAGCCCGAGCUCUCAGAAGAAUAAGAGGAACAGAAUGCUCGAGCCCUUUUUGCAUCGAUUCCGAAAGGGAAGAGGCUUGUCCGUCACCGACCUUACUGGCACGGAAUGGUGUGAAAAACAGACGGAGUUUAUUCUACUCUUUGGUAAACCGAAAAAGACGAAAGCUAUGAAAGCAGGUAGUGCGCGGCAUGUAGUACUUGAAGAAGAGGUAAUUAAAAGGGUAAAAGUUCAGGUUGAAAGUGCUGAAGAUGUGUGGGCUCUUAAAUUUAUCAAUUUCAUUGUCGGUACAAACCAACUAUUGUUUGAUGGAUUAACGCGCGAGUUACCUUUAGUAGGCUUUGUAGAAGGUGUGUGGAUGGUGGGGAUAAUUGAUGAAAUUCGGAUGCCUGUAUCUGAUUCCACUAGAUUUCCAGUAUUAGUUGACACCAAAACUCGUGUACGGGCGACCCUUCCAGGUGAACCACAAAAAAGAAACGGAAGGUUUCAGCUAAUGUGCUACAAGUAUAUGUGGGACACUUUAGUUGCGGACAAAUUUCCCACCCGAAAGUUCUAUGAUUUUUUCACAUUGAAUCCCAAUCAUAUUUUAUCUCCAGAAAUUAGAGAUAAUACAGCAAAAUCAGGUUUUCCUUCACAGACUCUGAGCGACGUGGUACGGUAUUUUGGAAAUAGUUGUUGCUCACUGCCUAUGGCUCAUGACCAGCUAUUGUUGAGAUAUGAGUUACAGGAAGAUCAUUCCUUAUUAGGGGAAGAUGAAUUCACAUAUGACCCUGAUCUGGUCAAGGUUCAAAUUAAGUCAUGUCUCGAGUUUUGGCUGGGCAAGAGAGAAGCCAGUUACCCUCCAAUGGAGGAGCUUUGGAAAUGCAAGUUCUGCAAGUUUGCCUCUGUAUGUCCAAUUAACUCGGACCCAGAUGAUUCUCCAGGCAAACCGAAAAGUGAAGAUAUUCCUUCGCCUGACCUGACUCCUAAGUAAGCCAUUCUUGAUACUCAGUUUCUCCUCAAAGAAAAGGAGCAGUUGGAUUUAUUGAAUCUCCUUGAUUCUUGCUGGGGUUGUUGCUGUGGAUCUCUCCCAUUAGGAGGAUUUACUAUGUGGUUUAAUUUGUUGAUCAGUUUAAUAUUGUUGUAUAGUUCAUUAUUGUUGUUAAUUGUUAUAACAUAGGAUCAAAUGUCAAAUAGAAAAUUGUGAAAUUGUAUGGCAUUUAUGAUGCAUUGUAAAAGUUCAGUUUAUAACUUAUUUAUGUAUUGUUUGAAGUGUCCGAUAAUUGAAAUGGAAAUUUACAUACUCUCUUUCGUUU